GGCUUGUUUAUGAGCUAAUUUACUUCCUAUUGGGAAUACUCAAUAUAAGACCUGCGGCGAGCAGCUUUUCUGUGCCCACGAAAACGAGUCUCUCGAUAAAAGUAGCUCAGUGACAUGGAGACGAUAACAACUGGCUGAGAAAGCCUUUCCCAACGUUUUUAUCUGCUCACCACUGUUUCAAGCAGGUCUCCUGUCUUUUGUGAACGUGGAUGACUUCGCAUGGAAAAAAAAACAAACUUCUGCUCGAAUCUUUAUGGAAGAAGUUUUAAGCUCGAUAUGCUUGACUGCUCCUGAUUUUACAUCGACGGAUCGAAGUUUCUCAUCUGCAGCGAAAGCAGGAUAUCCGUCCAGAGAUAGAGGGAUUACCCGGAUUUCCCCCUGUCGGAUUUAUCUAGUCAUCUACGAGACACUUUUUUUUUUUGGAAAUCAGCUUCUGUGGAGGAAGCCACAAAAUGGCCUUCAGUUCUGACCAGAACGUGCUUUGCCCGAGCGUUGAGAUGAUUCAGAAAGAAUUGCUCCAGAUGACCUGCCGAGUCAUCCAGAUCACAGACGCGAUGAAAAUAGCGACAGUUCAGGUCAAGGGAGGUGCCACGUGCACGUGCACCAGCGGUCAGACGCAAGGAGAUGUCCCCCUGCGGGAGGCGGCUGAAGAACUCUCACGUGCGGUGGACAAGCUGAAGGAGGAGGUGCUCAUGCACGCACUCGAGGGUCAAGGUCUCUUCCGGCACCGCAGAGGUCGAGAGAAUACCAGAGACAGUGCUUACGAAAGCAGAAACAGUGAAAACUUUUAUGAGUAUCCGAUGCAAGAAUCAGGAGAAGAUAAGCCACAUACGUCUGAGGAUUCUUGAGGAUGCAAAGAAUGAAAUAGUUUACAUCUCAGGCCAGACUGACCAAGACCUCAGGGCAGUUUGUGACCUCUGCCUCCGUCAACUUUGGGUUUUAGGUGAAGAAGACGAUGUUGACCUUCGCUAUAUUAACCCACUGUUUCUGAGGAUAACCUUGAUUCAAGUCUGUGUAAGAAAGCUUGUGACUGUCCCACCUGUGAUCAUUUGCUAUCCGACUGUAUCCUAAGUCGUUUCUUUGAAAGGAUGACUUUGCACUGGUGGAUGCUCUGCUGAUGCUGUACUGUAUAUAUCAUAAACAAUGGCAACAUCAGUGGGUAGACAUUGUUUAUUUCUAGAGACCAUACCCGUGAUGUGAGCUGUGUAUCAUUAUCUGAACUGAAUUGUUUUCCUCAAUAUUUGCACACAGACUCUUUUUUUUAUUAUUAUUCACGCAUCCUGGCCUCUCAGUUGACAUUGACUCACAUGCGUUCAAUACCCUUUGACCUGUCGCAUACAUAGAACAGUUGCAUUACUAGCCUGCUGAUGUAGGUCAUUGGAUCGUGUUUUUAAAAAUACCUGGUGUCACUUCUUGGUUCCUGGUUGACUAGCCUGUGCUUGUACGAAAUGUUGUUGAUGCCUUUCCCUGAGCAUGUCCUGCAGUUCUGUCUUUCAGACACGACAGAAAAGCUCGCUGGAGUAUAAAGGGGAACAUUGAAACAACAGCUGUCCUCAUCACCUCGAAGUCUGACAGGCAUGGUCCCGGGAACACCGAAGAAAAGAAAGUUAACCCCGUUCUUGCAGUUACAGAUAUUCGAAAGUCAUUCGAGUCAUUCCAGGGUCUCGGUUACUCUUCAAUGAAUUCGAUUAUGAAGAAACCCGUGAAGCAUUUUGGAAGCCUUUAUUCAGAAUCGGGUAUAUAGUAGGUCUGCUAUGCAGAAGAGUAAAUUAGUAAAUAUAAGUUUAUAAUGGACAUACGCCCGCGGACUCGAACAUGCACACAGACACAUGAUGUACAGGAAGGUUUUUGAAUUGUAAUCCUUUUACCCUAAUUAUUGAGAAACUCGAAGACAGAACCUGGAGAGUUUUUUUUAAAAACAAAUACCAGCCAGGGUCAAACAUUUUUCAAGUGAAAAAUAUUGUGAAAUGAGUUCAGAAUGAUGGUUAUAGCAUCAAGAAAAUGUACACUAUCAAAGAAGCCGCAGCAAUAAUGUAUAUAUGUUUUCUAUCUGACCACGCGCAGUCUUCAGAACUGUGCAUUUUAUUCGAUUCAAGUAUGUUGUUGUUCGAUCAAGAAAGUUGAUUGACUUAUUUAAAGACGUUCAUGUCUAUCCUGGUUGCAGAUUCUUUACAUAAUGUAUGGGCAAUGAAUACCUUCUAUUGUGCAGUCAGUAUUUAAUAACGAGAAAAUGUUUACGAGUAAUGAUGAAAUGUAACAUUUAAGCAUUGC